CUCUUAAUCUUUUACCUGUUCUCUUAUUGAAAAAAAAGUGGAUCAACCAGAAGUGAGUGCAGAUUAACCAUCCAUACAACAAGUGUCUCUUUCUCUCUCUCUUUCUUGCCGUUUUAAGGUCACUUAGAACCGGUCGCUCGAUGUGUUAGUCUGUCUAUUUUAGACUCUACUGUCUACUUUCACUGUCGACAUUUCAAAGUUCUGUUUACCCUCAAUAAUAUCAUCAACAUCACCAACACCACCAACAUCAUCAACUGUAUCUUAAUCUGUGAUCGUAAACAAAAUUUGACUGAAAAAAUAUAAUUCACUUGAAUUCCAGCCCAUAAUUAACCCUCCGUGACCAGAAAACCGUGGACUUGAUUCAAGAAAAAAAACACCAUAAGAAUUUUUAUGUUUUGUUAAUCCUUUUGUGUCUCUUUUCAUCCUUAAUCAUUUCAUCAUCAUGUUGACAAUUGACUGAUUACUUUACAAUUAACUGGACCAUCAACAUCUCAUUCAAACUCUCGUUUUCAAAAUCAUCAAUAACAAUCACCUUAAUCUCUGUAUUAGUGUUAAUUGUCCUUCUCAUUGAUUCUUCAUAAAUAAGGAUCAAAGUGCCAACAACGAUUGAUUAAUUUGCUAAAUUAACCAAAUAUCGAUAAGACCAAAUUAUGAUGAUGAUAAAAGCUCAUCUGUGAUGAUCAUGCAAAUCUAUGAUAAUGUUAAUUGUUACUGUUACUUUAGUAUUUACUUUAUUUACAAGCUCAGUGUCCACUAAAGAGGAAGAGCACCUUGGAUUAUUUCUUGGUAAAUUGAACACUUAUGCUCAUCAAAUCUCGGGCACCGUUUAUGCUAUCGAUGAAUACACUAUCUUGAUUAAAGGAUUUUUCUACGACGGGUUAGGCCAAGAUGCAUUCUUCUGGUCCGGUGCUACAGCGCGGCCAAGUAAUAUUGGUUUCAUUGUGCCCGAUGAAACAGGUCGAACCAAUAAGUUACGUCGUUACAAUAAUGAGGACAUUACGAUCCGUCUUCCAGAGGAUAAGAAGCUCAAAAGUAUUAAAUGGCUCGCUGUUUGGGACAUUCGCGAUCGUCGUAAUUUAGCCGACAUUUAUAUUCCCGAGGGUUUUGAACCUCCUUCCCCUCAAAGAAUCUCAGAAUUUUCCAGGAUCGACCAUGGUGUCCAAUCGGGUCCUGUUGUUAUACUCGAUUCUAAGACUAUUUUGAUUCCCGAUUUCAAUUACGAUGGUCGGUCACAAAACACCUUCUUCUGGGUUGGUGAUGGCCCUCAACCCCAUUCUUCAGGCCGAAAGAUUCCAAAUGAACAAGGAUAUUUGGAAUCACUUGGACCUUAUAAAAAUGAAGAACUGAUCAUCGAACUACCAGGAGCCAUUACCGUCUUCGAGAUUGAUUGGAUCGCCGUUUGGAAUAGUGAAACUGAGAGAAACUAUGGAUCAGUGAUAAUUCCCGAUAAUCUCAAUAUUCCUCCAUCAUUAACCACCAUAAUUAAACACGUCUCUCGUUUACCGAACUGUGAACAACUUCACCGUAAAUUACAAAUUAAUUGGGAAAUUUUUGGACCACAAAUAACAUUCGAGGUCGCAGGUCAAAUUGAUUCAAAUGAUUAUAUUGCUUUUGGUUUAAGUGGAUCACCAAACAGAACUCAAAUGAUCGGCUCUGAUGUGGCCAUUUCUUAUAUCGAUGGUCACUUUGGAAAGACAGAUGAUUACAAUUUAACGGAAAAAUAUCCGUGUACUAAUGUUCUAGGACUACAUAAAGGUAUUUGUCCUGAUUCGAAAGUCGGUGGUGUCGAAAAUUUUCAGAUCCACACUUACGUUCGAGAAGAAGGUAUUACGAAAAUUGUCUAUCGAAGGAACUUGAUCAACACAGGAGACGAAGGUGAUAUGGUUUAUGAGAAGAGUGGACUCCAAUCGGUAAUAUGGGCCAUCGGUAAACUAAAUACACUGAAAGAACCUCGGAUUCAUUAUCUUUAUCCAAAAGGAACGAUAAAAAUUGAUUUCGGCCGUAAACCAGCAGUUCGAAACUGUCACGAUUUUACCAGAACAUCGGAGAAAUCCCCACAUUCGGUCAGCAGUUUGGCCAAAAGAAAGUCAUGGGGACCUUUACGUGUUUUCAACCAAAGUUUAACCACUUUCUAUGCUCGGCUUGGUGUCCCCGGUGGUAUUCGAGGUCAUGCCAGUUUAACCGGAGCGACAUCACCUGGUCUCGUUUGGUACAUAAAUGGACUCAUGGCACCGACAUUGUUUGUUAAACGAGGACGAACUUAUUUGUUCAGAGUUGAAGGCGGUAGUAAUCCUCAUAAUGCUCGCUAUUAUCAUCCGCUUUAUAUAACAGAUGAUCCAAUGGGUGGAUUAGAUAAGAUGAAGGAAGAAGAUAGAAAGAGACGCCAUGUUUAUGCUGGAAUUGAAUACGAUCGCAAGGGUAGACCAACGCCAACGGCUUCGGGUCGACUUUGUCUAUGGGAUUAUCCCAAUUCGAUGGAUGCAAGAAAAUCGGAUAAUUUUCACACUUUCAUACAGUUUAGAAAUAAACUCAAUUAUACUUGUGAAACCGGAAGUGGCGGUUUACUCCAAUGGACACCGAACUCGAGUACACCCGAUGUAGUUUAUUACCAGAGUUUCACACAACGAAAUAUGGGGGGAAAGAUUUUUGUUCUUGAUGAUUUCUCAUUGUUGCCAUCGUUUGCCUCUAAUAGUUGGACUAUUAGUGCAUCUUUUUCAUUGUUUUUAACUUCACUUUCAAUUUGUCUCAUAAUUAAUUCUUAAUUAUUUACAAUUUAAAACUCAAGACCAAAAAUUUUUUGUAAAGAAAAAAAUAUUCCUUUGUACCUGAAUAGAAGACUCAAUUACUCAAGUUUGAUAUUUCUUAAUGAAAAUAAAUCGACAUGUUUACUGGA